AUGACCGUUGGUCGCUGGUAUUAGACAAAAUUUUUGAAUAUAUUUUAUUAUUCUCUCAUUAUUUAACCAGUAAAGAUUGAAGUUUUUGCGAAGAUAGCUUAUCAUAGUUGGAUUUAGGGACAAAAAAUGGAUCCAGCCACUUCUAGCAGCAACAUGACGAACUCAUCGCAGCACUACUGUCUACGCUGGAACAAUCACAUGACCAACUUCACAACGGCAAUCGCUCAGUUGUUGAAAAGCGAGGCGUUUACCGAUGUUACUAUCGCCGUCGACGAGGGCAACACCAUCAAGUGCCACAAAAUGAUCUUGGCCGCGUGCUCCUCCUACUUCCAGGACCUCUUCAUGAAGAACCCCUGCGAGCACCCCAUCGUCAUACUGAGCGACGUCAAGUACAGCGAGAUUCAAGCGAUACUCGACUACAUGUACCGGGGCGAGGUUAACGUGGCCCAGGAUCAGCUCACCGGUCUGCUCAAGGUUGCCAACUUUUUGAAGGUCAAAGGCUUGGUCGAGGAAAGCGAGCCGACCUGCAAGACAGAGGCGCCCGAGGGAUUGUACUCGCCGCUGUCCGAGCUUGCACAGGCGUCCGCGGCAGUAGCAGCGGGCCAAGCCGGUAGCAACCUCCGCAGCGGCUACACCUCGCCGCUUCCGCAGGUCGCGACGCCCUACAGCAUACCCUUCAUAAAGUCCCCCGGCAACGUAGCGCUGUGGCCGGGCCUGGCCGGACUGCAUCAGGUGCCCCAGCAUCCGAUCUCCGGCCAUCAGCCCCCGCCGCGCGGCUCCUCCUUGCUCGGCACUACCUACGAGAGCAGCAACGACGUGCCGCCGCUCAGCCGCAAGAAGCUGUCCAGCUACAUGGCCACUCGCGACACCCCGAUCCUCAGGAACGUCCUCGGCGGCCAGAGCGAAGGCUUGCCGGAUCGACCGGACACCUUCAGCAGCCACAGCAAUAGCUCGCUUCCCGAUAACGAGAGGAGGAACAGCUCCGACCGGCUGGACCCCCCGACGGCCGACGAAGACGACAAGCCGACGUCUCCUCCCAAGCUCAAAGAACCGAAGCCAGAGUGGAAGCGCUACAAGCAGUACACCGUGCAGCACAUACUCGACGCCAUGUCGGCGGUUAGCAACGACGAGAUGAGCGCGCUGCAGGCGUCCACCAAGUUUGGCAUCCCGUCGCGCACGCUCUACGACAAGUUGAAGAAGGCGGGCAUACUGCCGAAGCGAAUCACGCGUGCGCGGCGCGAGUCGAUGCCCGCGAGCAGCGCUCGGUUUCCCUACUCGAGUAGCUUGAACGGAAGCGUGUACGGGCCCGGGACGACCAGCGCCGCCGGCGGCUCUGCCAACAACGCGUCCGAGACCGAGAGCGACCCCGGCACCGGCUACGCCUCGGAGGCCCAUCAGGCAACGGGCGCGGUCACGCCGGGCUCGUUGGCCCGGACGCCCUCGAGCCGCGCCAGUCUCGACGAGAUGGACGCGCCGACCGGCAACGUCGCGGCCACGCCGAACAGCAACGUGGAUGGCGCAGAGGACUUGUCGGUCGGCAGUCGUCGAUCCAGCGGUCAGAGCAUGAUCCUGCCGUCCGUGGCCGCACUCGAGAUCAAGCAAGAGGACGAGCCGAGCAUGCAGCAAGACCAGUCGUAACGAGUUCCAUCGUAGUUCAACAACUUCAACGCCAGCACUAGAUGUAGUCGUGGUUGCUGCCGUGGUAGGUAGAACCGGGGAACGAGCGCAACCUCUCAAAUCUUGCGCAUCCAAGUUUGACGACCAACUCAAUGAUCGGAUUUCAGAUUGCCCCUUGCCAAGUUUCUCCGUCCCUCUCUCCUCCCUCCCUCCACUCUCUCGCUCUUUCCUCACUGGCUCUCAAUUGGAAAAAGCCUUCUGCUGUGCACGCCGUGCGAGCGCGAAGAGAAUGGGCGAGAGAAACUCGAGACCCGCGAUCUACCUAUUGUCGUUGUAAUUGCGAUCGAGCGAGACUGUGUGUCCUCUAUCUAUCUCCGUACCGCUUCUUGACAAUCGAUUUAACCCAUCACCUAUCGGCGACGUCGACGAUUAGCGUCGACGACGCCGUGGCUGCGGAGAGGCAAAUAAUUAACACCGGCCUAGACUAAGACACACGCUGCGACAGUGAUCGAGAGACUGAGCCUUCUAUCGAUGAUCAUCGUGUUGCCAAGAACUCGUUUCGAUUCUUAUUCUUUUUUUUCUGAAAACUUUUAGAGUUUAUAUUUAUUUGUUUGAGUUUUUAUACGAGAAAAGUCUUGCAAAAAGUUUUAAAACUUCGAUUAUAAUUGAUUGUUUGUUUGUUUGUUUGUUUGUUUUUUUUUUCUUUUUUUUUUCUUUUUUUGACCCCUCUGAACGCGUGAUAUCGAAUGAUACUCUUUUUAUUAUAUUAUCAAAUGUUUCAACUUUUUUUUAAUUUUUUUUAAUUUUUUCUUUAUUUUUUUAUUCAUUUUUUUUUUACGGAACGAGUACCCCGACACAUGUCGUAGGUGGCGAACUUAUUAUAUACAUCAAGUUUAUUAUUAUUAUUUUUGAUUUUCCAAUUUUAUUGUGAUUCGAGGUUUUAAUUUCUGUUCUUUUUGGGCGGUCUUUGCGUGAUAGAGGCUCAAUUUGAAAUAUUUAUGUCUAAAGGGCGCACAAAAUAGUAUCGUUUUGCUUUUAUUUUUGCACUUGGGUGAUACAAUAAUGCAAUUUUCAACAUCAAUUGUACUUGAGGAUUUCGCAAAUCAAUCGUCAGACGAAUAUAUACGAGAUAUCACAUAAUUAAAGCGUUGAAAGGUCGAAAUGUCCCCGCGAAGUCUAAAUUUAUAAAUGUUUAAUUCAUAAAUGUUCAAGCUACACUGCUGAAAAAGACUUUCGCCCGUCGACUUUGAUUGUUUCAACGUUUCAUCUCGUAGCAUUUGAUAUCUUGCUCGCGAUCGUUUGCGCAAAUCUGUAAAUGAAAAGAAAUUAUUUUCUAAGGUUAAAAUCAUUCUAUUUUUUUAGUUUAUAGGUGUCGCCGCCAGCAGGCACUAAACAGUACAAAUUAUGUAGGAAAGUUUCUGUAUAGAAAUAUCGGAACAAGCUAAUCAUUUUAAUAAAUGUUUCCACACGACGUUAUGACAUUACAUUUGACGUUGUGGAAAAAUUUAAUUCUUGACGCAUGAGUAAACAUAUUAUAUGUAACAACUUUUCGUAUUAUUAUUUCUCCAAUUAUUAUUAGUAUUAAUCAUAAGCAUACUAUAUUAGCAUUAAGAAUAGUUUCAAUAUGAAGGCUUUUUGAAUUAUCGAAUGUUAAUUUGUUAUAGUGAUAAUAAUAUGCCACACAUCCUGAUAUAUAGAUACGUGCCGAUCGAAACAUAUAAAACGCGGCUCUGGGAAAUAGAUGCAAUAAUGCCAGAACGAUCGCAAAGAAAGAAAAAAAAAGAUAGGCAAAAGGAAAGUUAUGUGAAUUAAUAUUAAUAAGAUAAUGCUAUGCAACAACGAAACUACCUCUAACAGUGUGAAUCGCUGAAAUUAGCAAACCUUGGUUACCAUUUAUUUCAGUAAGACUGACUGACAGGACCUCAAUAAUAUAAGAAAUAGCUAUAGAUAGUCGACGAGACCACUUACUGUUAAGCAAACAUAUUUCGUGUUUGUUAUUUAUAGGACUUUAUUAGUUUAGAACUUAAGUAACUUUUUGAUGGCUGGCUUAGGAUCAUUAGAAUUUUAAUUAAAAUAGAUUGUACUGCGAUAGAUGCUGAAGACCUUAAUAUUAUAUUCAGAUUUAUUAUAUAUACUU